CUUCGCCACUGCUGAUAGCACAGCCUGUGCAGGUUCGUCAGUGAUCUGUUCUCCUGCUGCUGUGACGGGCCUGACGCACAACUUACAGGAGGCCAGGGAUCAGUGAACUUGGAGGUCUCCACAAGAUGUUACCACAGCACCUGAAGCAGAUCAGAGUACUAAUGCUCAACGACAAGGAAAACUCGGAGAGGUCUCUGUUCAGACUUGAACAAGGUUUUGAGCUGCAGUUCCGCCUGGGCCCCAGUCUUCAGGGUAGGAGGGUUCUGCUGUACAGCAACUAUCCAAUCGAAGGAGAGCGGUUUGAACGAAAUAAAUUCCGUGUUUUGGCAUGGAGCUACCCAACAGGGCGUCAGGAUGACUCCGAUAAAUUCUGCUCUCUAGACCUCAAGACUGCUGGGUCCUAUCAGUACUACUUCGGACAUGGAGACACAGAGCAGUCAGGGGGAGGAUACGUUGUGGUUGAUCCCGUUCUUCGUGUUGGAGCAGAUAAUAAAAUCCUGCCAUUGGACUGCAUCACCAUCCAGACCUACUUGUCCAAAUGUCUGGGACACUUAGAUGACUGGGCAGAUAGACUCAGAGUUGCCAAGGAGUCAGGUUACACCAUGAUCCACCUCACUCCUUUGCAGACUCUUGGAGAGUCCAGGUCCUGUUACUCUUUAGCUGACCAGCUGUCCUUUAGCCCUGAGUUCAGCCCGGAAGGUCAGAGCUACACCUGGGCAGAUGUGGGGGCGCUGGUGGAGAAGAUCAGGACAGAAUGGAACAUGCUCUGUAUUACCGAUGUAGUGUAUAAUCAUACUGCUGCUAACAGUGUGUGGAUAAGAGACCAUCCUGAGUGUGGGUACAACCUGGUGAACUCUCCUCACCUGCGUCCAGCCUGGGUCUUAGACAGAGCUAUCUGGCAUUUAACCACCCGAGUAGCAGAGGGUUGCUACAAGGCUAAAGGCCUCACUGCUGAUAUUACCAAUGAGAGCCAUGUGAAUGCCAUACGCGGCGUGCUGUGGGAGGACGUGUAUCCUCAAAUCAAACUGUGGGAGUUCUUCCAGGUCAAAGUGAGCAGUGCUGUGGAUAAGUUCAGAAUCCAUCUUCAGAAUGGCACCAAGCCAGACCAAGGUAAGACUGGUGGGAAGAAGGGCCUAAAGAUCAUCCAGGACCCAAAGUACUGUCGUUAUGGUAACACAGUGGACAUGGACUCUGCCCUGGAGACAUUUGUGCCUCACAGCUCCUCCCCACAGCACAUUGAGGAGUGCUGUGACUGGCUGAAACAAAAGCUGAAUCAGCUGAAUGAAGAGCAGAACCACAUCAUGAAGCAACAUCAGGAGCAGGCUGCCAACUGCAUUGUGGGAAAUGUAGUGUACGAGCGUCUGGCCGACCAUGGCCCCAAGCUGGGUCCUGUUAGCAGGAAAGACCCUCUGGUUACCAGGUAUUUCACUUUCCCAUAUCAGGACAUGACUUUGCAGGAGGAGCUGCAGCUGCUGGACCAGCCAGACAAGACCUGUCACUUUCUGGCUCACAAUGGUUGGGUGAUGUCAGAUGAUCCACUGCGUAACUUUGCUGAGCCAGGCUCUAAUGUGUAUCUGCGUCGAGAGCUGGUCUGCUGGGGGGACAGUGUCAAGCUGCGAUAUGGCAGUGGCCCAGCGGACUGUCCAUACCUGUGGGCUCACAUGCAGAAAUACACUGAAAUCACAGCCAAAUACUUCCAUGGAGUCAGACUGGACAACUGCCACUCAACACCAUUACAUGUAGCUGAGUACAUGCUGGACGUGGCCAGAACCGUGUGUCCUAACCUGUAUGUGGUGGCUGAACUGUUCACCGGCAGUGAGGAGCUGGAUAAUGUCUUCGUUACCAGGCUAGGGAUCACAUCACUGAUACGAGAGGCCAUGUCUGCUGGCGACAGCCACGAGGAGGGACGACUCGUCCAUCGCUACGGAGGUGAGCCAGUAGGAGCCUUUGUUCAGCCCAGUCUCCGCCCACUCAUGCCCUCCAUCGCCCAUGCCAUGUUCCUCGAUGUUACCCAUGACAACGAGUGUCCCAUACAGCUGCGCUCAGCAUUGGACUCUCUGCCCAGUUCUGCUAUGGUCUCAAUGGCCUGCUGUGCUACUGGCUCCACCAGAGGAUAUGAUGAAUUAGUACCACAUCAGAUCUCUGUGGUGAAGGAGGAGCGUUUUUACCCCAAGUGGAACCCCUCAGCCUCCCCCACCACCACUGGUGAGGUUGGAUUUCAGAGCGGUAUCAUAGCUGGGAAAGUGGCUCUCAACAAGCUGCACCAGGAGCUGGCUGCACAGGGAUUCAUACAGGUGUAUGUAGACCAGGUUGAUGCAGACAUUGUUGCAGUCACUCGUCACUGUCCCAGCACGCACCAGUCUGUGGUGUCAGUGUGCAGGACAGCCUUCUGGAACCCCAAAACCCACCAGUACGACGACAACGUCCCGCCCAUGUUCAUACCUGGGAAGAUAGAGGAAGUGGUGCUUGAGGCGAGGACGGUGGAAAGGCAUGCUGGGAGCUAUAAGAGGGAUGACUCCUACAUCAAUGGCAUGCCAGAGUAUACUGUGGAAAUAAAAGAACAUAUACCGUUAGAGGAGAGUGAAGUGGUGAAGCAAGCUGAGGUGACAUCGAAAGGUCGAUCAGAGUUUGUGCAGGAAAUCACCUUUCAGAAGUUGACACCUGGCAGUGUCAUUGCCUUCAGGAUCAGUUUGGAUCCCACCGCCCAGAAGAUGGUGGGGUUGCUGAGAUUUUAUCUGUCCCAGUUCAGCCCAAAGUACAGGAGAGGCAGCGUGGCAGAUGAAAACCCACCAGAGGCAUUGCAGAAACCUUUGGCACAGCUGAUGUCCAAGGUGACGUUAGCAGACCUGAAUUUCCUGCUGUUUCGCUGUGACGCCGAAGAACAAGAAGAUGGUGGAGGCUGUUACAACAUCCCAGGAUGGGAGACCCUCAAAUACGGCGGACUACAAGGUCUGAUAUCAGUGUUCGCCGAUAUCCGUCCCAAUAAUGACCUGGGCCAUCCUGUGUGUGCUAACCUCAGACAAGGAGACUGGCUGAUAGAGUUUGUCUGUAAUAGAGUGAUGAAGAGAGAGGGACCACUGGCACAAGUGGGUCAGUGGUUGGGAGCCAUGUUUCAUUUCCUGAAACACAUCCCACGCUACCUCAUUCCCUGUUACUUUGACGCCAUCAUGGUAUCAACCUAUACCACAGCCCUGGAUGCAACUUACAAACAGAUGUCGAGUUUUGUCCAGAAUGGCUCCAGCUUUGUUCGACACCUGGCGCUGGGAUCGGUUCAGAUGUGUGGAGUUGGACACCUCCCAGCCCUCCCUCCUCUUUCUGUGAAAAUAGAGGAUGUUCCCUAUCGCAUCAGUCCAAUCACAGGCCAGAAGGAACAGUGCUGUGUCUCACUGGCCGCAGGUCUUCCUCAUUUCUCCUCUGGGAUCUUUCGUUGCUGGGGCAGAGACACUUUCAUCGCUCUCAGAGGCCUGAUGCUGCUCACUGGGAGACACACUGAGGCUCGUGACAUCAUCCUAGCCUUUGCGGGGACAUUGCGUCAUGGUUUGAUCCCCAACCUGCUGGGUGAGGGCCGCUGUGCCAGAUACAACUGCCGUGAUGCUGUGUGGUGGUGGCUGCAGUGUAUCCAGGACUACGCUACCCACGUUCCCCAGGGACAUGAAAUCCUCAGUUGCCCAGUGACACGCAUGUACCCUACUGAUGACUGUGAACCCCGCAAACCUGGAGAGGUGGAGCAGCCUCUGUAUGAUGUCAUCCAGGAGGCUCUGCAGCGCCACCUAGAGGGAAUUUCUUUCAGAGAGAGAAACGCUGGACCUAAGAUAGACAUGCACAUGAAAGAUGAAGGCUUCAGUGUGGUAACCAAGGUGGAUCCAGCCACAGGCUUUGUCACUGGAGGAAACCGCUUCAACUGCGGCACAUGGAUGGACAAAAUGGGAGAGAGUGAGAGAGCGAGGAAUAAAGGCAUGCCUGCUUCUCCGAGAGAUGGAGCAGCAGUGGAGAUAGUCGGUCUCAGUAAGUCAGCUGUUCGCUGGGUCGUGGAGCUCCAUGCUAAAGGACUGUUCCCUUAUGAUGGAGCCAAAGUGAACAGGAAUGGUACGGAGUCGUUCAUCUCCUACUCCCAGUGGAACCAGCAACUCCUGCAUACCUUUGAAGCAGGUUUUUGGGUGUCUGGGGAACCAGAGGACCCCAACGAGAAACACCCUAACCUGGUGCAUAAAAAAGGCAUCUACAAAGACAGCUACGGGGCCUCCAGCGCCUGGUGUGACUAUCAGCUGAGACCCAACUUCACUAUCGCCAUGGUGGUGGCUCCGGAGCUGUUUCCAGUGGAGAAAGCCUGGAAGGCUCUGGAGGUGGCUGAGAACAAACUACUGGGACCACUUGGAAUGAAAACACUGGACCCUGAUGACAUGGUGUACUGUGGCAUCUAUGACAAUGCACUGGACAAUGACAACUACAACCUUGCAAAAGGUUUCAACUACCACCAAGGCCCGGAAUGGCUGUGGCCAGUAGGUUACUUCCUUCGUGCUAAACUCUACUUUGCCAAGAAGCUGGGAGAAAAAACUUACUCUAAAACAUUGAACCUGGUGAAGAAUGUGCUGUCUCGACAUUACACCCACCUGGAGAAGUCUCCAUGGAAGGGUCUGCCAGAACUAACCAAUGAGAAUGGACAGUACUGCCAGUUCAGCUGCGAGACCCAGGCCUGGUCUCUGGCCACUGUGCUGGAGGUCCUGUUUGACCUCUAAACGACCUCUGCAUGGCCAUCAUGUCACAGCAGAGGUCACUGCAACACAACUCUAUAACCUCUGACAUCACUUCCUGUGAUCAGAGUGCUUUCCAUGCAUUCAUAUACAUUGGGAAAGAUCCUGUGUUAAAUACGACAGAAUACUUGGUUUGAAUCUGGUUAACUUCAACAUCAUUGAUCCUUGUCUGAGUUCCUGCUUUGCAACUCAGACUGCAGCUCCAUUGAGUAGUUAGAAAAUAGUAAAUAGUUGUUUGGUGGGCGGCUCCAAUGUGGCCCCCAGAGCUUCGAUUCAUGGUAUUUUCAGUUAUAUUUUUAAACUUUAAGUAAACUGUUUGUUCAUAUAGAAAACUCUUAUUUACCAGCUUUCACAAACAUGCAGCAUAAACACAGGUUUUGCCAGGGUUUUAAAACAAGUAGCAACUCCAGAGCAUAUAUGGUGCCAGGGUUCUCAAGUGUUAAUACUCCCACUGCUGCUCCUUACUAACAUCAAGGCUUAAAACCGUGUGCGUUUCUUGUCACAGUCUUGACCUGGUAACAGAAACAGAAUCUAUUCCUGCCCAAAACUGGUGGAAAACUCUGCAUUUACUGAUCUGAAGUUUUACGGUUCAUCUACUCAAAAAGGGAGAAAUCUCAUCACUGGCUGGUAAUGAACCACAAACUAAACUCUGAGACUGUGUGUAAGAGUGAUGGUUUCUAUCACUCUGACAUGCGUCACACUGUAGCAUCACCUCUGAACCAGAGCUCGGCUCAUAUGUCUCUCACUUGACCCACUUCAGGAUGUUUAUUCGGUUUAAAAACAUUCAGGAGUGGGAUUUUUGAAUGCGAUAUCUGCCAUGAUGAACUGAACUGAUCUCAGCUCAGCCGUGAUAUGAUAGUAUUAUAUAUUAUGCAUCAAAGCACUUUGACUCUACAGCCAGAAGUCUAACAAAUAGAGCAUCCUGUUUAAUGUACCUGGACAGGUUCUCUGUUCCAUUUAUAGGGAGAUAAGCCGUCACCUCUCGUCAUGUUCCCUCUGUGUGAACUAGUGGCCUGAACCUUACGUCUCCAUUAAGUGACUGAUCACAAUCUCUACUUCAAAUCUCCUCUUCCACCUGAUGCCUUUACGCUCAUGUUAUCAAUACCACACACACACGGUCUUCCAGCUGUUUCCCAUUUCACCUGUGCUGUGUCUUCAUCAAUUGACUGUGUAUUCACGUAAAAAGAACUGCCCCUGUGCAUGAAUGUUGUGUGUAACCAUGCUCAUGCCGACAAUGUUGUCUUAUAGCUGUAGAUGUAACACAUGUUGAAUUGUUAGUGACAUAAAUCACCAGCAUUUCUCUCUAAAGAGUGAGUUUGUGUUGAGAUACUAGAGAAUAUAUGCAACACAAACAAUUACAGCUGUUGUGUAAGUGGUUUAAAAACCUGCUGAGAAACGUGACUGUGUGUAACUGCUCUGUCUCUAACCUGUGUGUUUAAAAAUCUUGACUCGA